UGCUGUGCUCAUUGUCUUGUUCUUGUACAGUUUUUCUUGGGAGAUUCAUUUAGCGACACAUCAUGCUUAUUUCAAACCGGAAAUAAAAAUUAAACCGGACAUACGUCAUUGCGCGAGACUGACCUCGAAAUCAUAUGACCUUCUGAAAGAUGGCUGGUGGAAUGGAAAGAACGCAAAAGCUGCCAAAGCUCCAGGAUGCAGACAAGGAGUCCAUGAUAGGGACCGUGUUUGCCGUCUCUGGACCUGUGGUAACAGCCCAGCACAUGUCUGGAGCUGCUAUGUACGAGCUGGUGAGAGUGGGACACGAUGAACUGGUCGGGGAGAUCAUUCGUCUGGAGGGAGACAUGGCGACCAUCCAAGUCUACGAAGACACAUCGGGUGUCACAGUGGGGGACCCAGUGAUGAGGACAGGAAAGCCUCUCUCUGUGGAACUGGGACCAGGUAUCAUGGGCAGUAUCUUUGAUGGUAUCCAGCGCCCUCUGAAGGACAUUAAUGAACUCACACAGAGUAUCUACAUUCCAAAAGGUGUGAACACGCCCGCUCUUGACAGAGGCAUUCAGUGGGAGUUUGAACCUCAGUUCAUCAGGGUUGGCAGUCACAUUACAGGAGGUGAUGUGUAUGGUGUUGUCUAUGAGAACAACCUGAUCAAACACAAGAUCAUGUUGCCCCCCAAGGCCAGAGGCACAGUCACAUGGAUGGCAGACCCAGGCAAUUACACUGUCAAUGACGUGAUCUUGGAGACGGAGUUUGAUGGAGAGAAGUCGCAGUACACCAUGUUACAGGUGUGGCCUGUUCGUCAGAUGAGACCAGUGGCAGACAAACUGGCCGCUAACCACCCCCUACUCACUGGACAGAGAGUGCUGGAUGCUCUUUUCCCCUGCGUCCAGGGGGGUACCACAGCCAUUCCAGGUGCUUUCGGUUGUGGCAAAACUGUCAUCUCCCAGUCACUGUCCAAAUUCUCCAACAGCGAUGUGAUCAUCUACGUAGGCUGUGGAGAGCGUGGCAACGAAAUGUCUGAGGUAUUGAGGGAUUUCCCAGAGCUGACGGUGGAGAUCGGAGGAAAAGAGGAGUCUAUUAUGAGGAGAACUUCACUGGUGGCUAACACUUCCAACAUGCCUGUGGCUGCUAGGGAGGCUUCUAUCUACACAGGUAUCACCUUGUCUGAGUAUUUCCGUGAUAUGGGCUACAAUGUCUCCAUGAUGGCAGACUCCACAUCCAGAUGGGCCGAGGCCUUGAGAGAAAUUUCAGGACGUCUGGCAGAAAUGCCUGCUGAUUCUGGUUACCCAGCAUACCUUGGUGCUAGGCUGGCGUCUUUCUACGAGCGUGCUGGCCGCGUGAAGUGCAUUGGGAACCCAAGCCGAGAGGGAAGCGUCAGUAUUGUGGGGGCUGUGUCUCCCCCUGGUGGUGAUUUCUCAGAUCCUGUCACCUCGGCCACUCUGGGUAUCGUUCAGGUAUUUUGGGGAUUGGACAAAAAGCUUGCCCAGAGGAAACAUUUCCCCUCCAUUAACUGGCUGAUCAGUUACAGUAAAUACAUGAGAGCUCUGGAUGAUUACUAUGAGAAAGCUUUCCCCGAGUUUACCCCCUUGAGGACUAAGACAAAGGAAAUUUUACAAGAGGAAGAAGAUCUAUCAGAAAUUGUACAGCUGGUGGGCAAGGGCUCCCUUGCUGAGGCAGAUAAAAUUACAUUGGAAAUUGCUAAGAUUCUCAAGGAUGAUUUUCUACAACAGAAUGGUUACACCCCCUAUGACAGGUAA